AAUGCCUGUUAGCCAAUCAGCGCUCAGUGUUGCGCAGAGCAGCGUUGUGUUAUUUUGUUUGCUGUUAAUUCAAGACAAGGCGCUGGGGCAGACAGCAGCACAGCCUCCUCCCUCCCCCUUCCUCAGAAAAAAAGUUUGGAUAGCUGCUUCCGUCCUGCCCUGGCUAAAAUCUCGCAUAGCGAGCCGGAGACAUUUCUGUGGGUUUUCUGUGGGUCAUCGGAGCAGUUUCAUUCAACGGAAGAUGUCUGAGGUGUUAUUCCAGUCUCGGGGAAAGGUGCUGACGGUGGACACCAUGAACCCCGCCGUGAAGAAAGUGGAAUACGCGGUCCGGGGUCCCAUCGUCAUCCGCGCCGUGGAGCUGGAGAAGGAACUUAAACAGGGUGUGAAGAAGCCGUUCACUGAGGUCAUCAAGGCCAAUAUCGGAGAUGCCCACGCCUUGGGCCAGCGGCCAAUCACCUUCCUGCGACAGGUGAUAGCUCUGUGCGCCUACCCGGACCUCCUGAAUGAUAACAAGUUCCCCGAGGACGCGAAAGAGCGAGCUCGCAGGAUCCUGCAGGCCUGUGGAGGUGGCAGCAUUGGAGCGUACAGUGCCAGUCAGGGUAUCGAUUGUGUUCGUCAGGACGUGGCGCAAUAUAUCGAGAGGCGAGACGGAGGAAUCCCUUCUGAUCCAAACAACAUCUACCUGUCCACCGGAGCCAGCGACGCCAUUGUGACGCUUCUGAAGCUGCUGGUGUCGGGUGAGGGGAGGUCUCGCACAGGGGUGCUGAUCCCCAUCCCUCAGUACCCCCUGUACUCGGCAGCCCUGUCGGAGCUGGGUGCUGUGCAGGUCAAUUACUACCUAGACGAGGAGAACUGCUGGGCCCUGGACGUGCAGGAGCUGCGGAGAGCGGUGACUGCAGCCAGGCAGCACUGCCAGCCCAAAGUACUGUGCAUCAUCAACCCAGGCAACCCCACCGGUCAGGUCCAGAGCAGGAAGUGCAUUGAAGAUGUGAUCCGAUUUGCUGCAGAGGAGAAGCUCUUCCUGAUGGCGGACGAGGUCUACCAGGAUAACAUCUACGCGCAGGGCUGCCAGUUCCACUCCUUCAAGAAGGUUCUGUACGAGAUGGGGCCUGAGUACUGCAACACUGUGGAGCUCGCCUCCUUCCACUCCACAUCCAAGUGCUACAUGGGAGAGUGUGGGUUCCGGGGCGGGUACAUGGAGGUGAUCAAUCUCGACCCCCAGGUCAAGCUGCAGCUCACAAAGCUGGUGUCGGUGCGGCUGUGUCCCCCUGUCCCGGGACAGGUCCUGUUGGACGUCAUCACCAACCCCCCCAGAGAGGGGGAGCCCUCUUACAAGCAGUUUAUCAAGGAGAAGACUGCAGUUCUGAAUAACCUGGCAGAGAAGGCCCAGCUCACGGAGGAGAUAUUCAAUACCGUUCCAGGGAUCAAGUGCAACCCAGUGCAGGGUGCCAUGUACUCCUUCCCCAGGAUUGAGAUCCCUGACAAGGCCGUGAAGGAGGCCCAGGCAAAGGGUCAGUCUCCAGACAUGUUCUACUGCAUGAAGCUUCUGGAGGAGAUGGGGAUCUGUGUCGUACCGGGCAGUGGCUUUGGACAGCGAGAGGGGACGCACCACUUUAGGAUGACUAUUCUCCCCCCGACAGAGAAGCUCAGGAUCCUUCUGAACAAACUGAAGGAGUUCCACGAGAGGUUCACCCGGGAGUAUUCCUAAACAGACCCCGAUAACCACGCACAGCAAUCCCACCCGGAGUAUCUGAGCGGAAACGACUCCCAGAGAGACCCCGAGAAAGAAUCCAGACGUCUUCUGUUACAGGAAUAAAAAAUCCAAUGCACAAAAGCCAGCAGAAUCUGGACUACAGCCUCCCGGGGCAGUGUGGUCUGUGGACUGGAGAGGGGGAUUCUGGGUGCAGAUCCCACACCAGCCAUCAUCAGAGUCAGAUGUAUUCCAGGGUGUUAAUGCUUUUAGUGGUCGUUUAAAAUUUUACAUUUAUAUUGUGCAUUUUGCAAUAGUAAACAGAACUAUAUCUGUAGAAAACAAAAAUAUAUCAAGAAAUCCGGGAAAGUAAAGUUUAUUUAGAGGGAAACGCAGAUUGUCUUGAAACCUGUGUAGUUUUCUAACAGUUAUAAACACUGCUGCUAGGGCGUUGACUUUUAAAAAGUGUAAAAAAGAUUAUCGUAUUAAAGAGAAUAUCUUCAUCAGUUUAUCAUUUUGAAAGCAGUAAAAACAAAAACUUCAAAGUUUUUUCAAAGAAAUUUAAAAGUAAAAACAACAUGGGAUUUACUGUGUUUUUACUGAAUAUUCUUUCAAAAAUCAAACACUCUUUGAUUUUGAAUUAGCUGGAAUUUAAUUUGCACAUAUUACAGUUAAAAAAAUAAAAUAAUGACCUGUGUAUCUUAGUACCUCAGUGCCUGGAAGUGACCCUGUGUUGUAGUUCCUUCCUUACUUAUUAAUAUAGUUCCUGACUACAGAACCCAUCUGUGUAGGUGCCUUGUCAUGAAGUGACUGUGUUGUAUUACCUCAGGAUGUUAUUAGACUAUGCUCUGUUGUAGACCACUGUGCCUUAGCCCCACAGCUUCAAAGUGUUUUAUAGGGUGAAAGGGAAGCAGAGAGGUAUGGUAAAGCGUAUUUAAAAACAAGGCAAACUACGGUAAAGAAUGGGAAAAGUAACUGCAAAAUGAUGUGCAAAUGAAACUUUUAUAAAGGAUGAAAAGCCAAGACUGUGAAGAUGCUGGUGUGUUGUCUUUUUUUGCCUGACCAGGCCACGCUGCACAAUAUGGUUCCCACAAGAUGUGAUCGGAUUGCAGAGCAUUACCUCUGCUCUCUGCUUGCGGUGCUCAAACACUAAAGUGCCUUAUGGUGUAACCAGGCUCGGAGCUGCUAUAGUAACAUGGGCUCUGUAUUCACCAUGUUUGCUCUCAGUGUCAGCGGUGCACAAACUGGGGUCCCCGAGAAAUUCUGGAAGCUUCUCUUUUGUACAAUGUCUUGUGUUUCUUAAAGUAGAGUCAAAUGUUCUUUCAGUGUUGUGGGGAGAGACAGGCCUUGUGAUACCUGCAGAUAAUGUCCACAUUACCCAUUUACUUUCACUGCGGUUCAUCCCUAUUCAAAAUUGGUUUUAAGAAGCCCCACCCAAACAGAAAAGUUUGAGAACCUCUGCUCUACUGAGAGAGAUGCUCUGCCAGUCUUGGACAAGCUAAACCCCUGUCUUUCAUCACAUCUCAUAGGAUAUCAAUGCCAGGUAGCUGGCUACUACUGGUACAGUACAGCCUGCAGCUGUAGCAUUCAGGUCUUCUUAAAUGCAUAAUUUACUGUAAAUGUAGGUGCAAUCUGAAGUGAAAUGAAUCACAUUUUAGAAUCACUGUUUUGCUUUAAAGGGGGAGAGAAGCUGUGUUCUGUUAGUUAGACCUCAUUGCUCUGUGCUCCCUCGACACGCAUCUUGUGUGGGAUUUCUAUAGACACUUGUAAGAGCUCGACAAGUCAGCCCAUUCAAUUGAAUGACAGUGGAAUGGCAUUAUGGAGCAAAUGAGAGCCAUGACCAUGCCACAUUGUAACUGGUCCCAUGGUAUAAAGUUAUGCAUUAUUUUAAAAGAGGACAAAAUACAUAGUUAAUGCCAUUAUCUAUAUGUUUAGAACUUGUGCAGUGCCUUUGAUCCUGUGCAGUGCGAUUGAACUUGAACUCCGAGUGUCCUGGGAACCAGCAGAGAGGGCAGAGCUGUCUCAGUGAAAGGGAAACACUUGUUUUGUGUUGGGGGAUAAACAAGAUCCUUUCAAACUAAUUUCAGUGCUGCCAGGAGCUCAAAGGCUUCCCUGUUCAAACUUGCAGGUUUCACAUUCCCUUUCUGAGCAAACACAAUGACAUGACGCAGUGCAAAGGUAGCAGGAUCCACUGCCAUUUCUUAAUUGCAUUGUUCCUGUUCAAGACUGAAUAAGAUGUAUUUUCUUCUAUUAAAGAUUACCUAACAACUC